UCAUUUUUAGAAACAUGUAUUUAAUUUUAAAAAAAAAUAUUUCGAGUUUGUUGUAAAUGAAAUUAAAAAUAAAUAAACCAUGUACAAUCUCGUACUCCUCAUACGCACGUCAUUGUUGUAGGCCUUCAUAGUAGAAAAAUAACUGCAGCGCCAUUUGUGUGAAACGUAUUUUUUAAAAAACGACAACAAUUCCUAGUGAAAAGAAAUGUCACUUGCAGUCGAUUUACCAAAAUCUAAAUUGAGUAAACAGAAUGAUUCAAAUGAUGCUUCUUUGCUAGAAGAGGCACCCCCCGAUUUAUCCGUGUAUAGCACUACCUCUCUUCCAAAAGUAGAGGUAUACGAAUGGAUAUCACGAAUUCAAAAAUAUAAAUCCGAGGCUUUACGAUAUGCACAACAAUGUCGUGUGAUUGAAAAGGAAAUAGAAAAAUUACAGCUAGAGUUAACCAAUUCAACCAAUAACUAUCAAGAAAUGGCUGAAAACAUUGAAUUGCUUAAUGAUAAAAAUGCAUCUCUUGUCGUGACUUUACAAGAAGAAACUGCACGACGUAACAACGCAGUCUCGGAAUGCCUUAAAUUACGAAGAGCGUCUGAGCAAGUAACAAAGGAAUCAGAGUUAGUUAAAAAAGAUAUAACUCAAGCGCAAGAACGUUUCCAAAAUUUGACUGCCCAAAUAGAAGAAAACAAACAGCGUCAUCAUAAUGCGCUAGAAGAAAAAGAGCGACUUCGAUUAGAGCGACGUUGGUUUUUUCAUGAAAGACUUUUACUAGAAAAAACGAGACAAAUGGAGGUAAAGGAAGUUGCGGAACUUCACAAUAAAUUUCAAAAUUUGAAAGUUGGAAUUAACUCUUUAUGGAAAACUACAAAAGAAGCUAAUUUGGUGACGCAGAGUCGCACUGCGAGAAAAAUUAAUAAACUUGAUGAAUGGUAUGCAGCACGUCGAAGACGUUUUCUUUUAGAAAAUGAAACGUCCGUUGCUUCGGAAAACUAGUAGUCUUUAGUUUGACGGUUCAACUAACUAUCAUUACGAAUGUGUCGUUAAAAUAAUUGUCCUCAGCAAUGCUAUUGCAUUCAUGUUCAACAAAAAAAACUGCACGUCAUCACACAAAGUGUGACAAGAGCACUAUUUUUUAAAUUUUGCUUCUUCAAAAAAAAGCUUACAGAUAUUGAAACAAAUAACAUCCAUUAAAUAUUAAAAAAAUUGACUACUUUGUGUUCUCGCUACUAAUAAUAUUUUUUUCCAAUUAGAAGCUCGCCAACAAAGUUAUUUUCUUUUGGAUAUUAAAAUGAAAAAACCUGUAAUAAAUUAACACUUUUUUUAAUAAAUAAAGCAACAUGAUGGUGAUUCAAUAACUAAUAUCAUCAUAGGAAAAAAUUUUAAUUCAAAUAAA